AGCUGCUCACUUUUUCCUCCACGUCAGCUGCUUCUGCGCACUGCUUUCAUCCACAGAUACAUCAAGUUUCAUCCCCUGCUGAACGGACAGUCAAAUCUUUCCUAAAGUGACAAUUAUCGCAUGGAGUGAUGUUUAAAAAGCUGAAGCAGAAGGUUAUAGACGAGCAGUCGCCUCAGCGGAGCAGCGCGCAGCCGCAGGUGAGUUCAGGAGAGAGGCGUCCUCAGCCCCCUCUCCUUCACCAAGAUGCUCCAUCCUCCCCGAACGACAGAGAGCUGCUGGCUGGGAUGAUAGCAGAGCCUGCUUUUCUCUCUGAGUAUACUAUCUUUGCUCUGGACCACUCAAAACGACCCAAAGCGGCCCAGGUGCCCAGUGCGAGUGUUAAAGCAGCCGGCAGCUCUCCCAGAGGCAGUGUUAAUGGGGAUGGAGUCGCUUCUCCUCAGAGAGAGGAGUCUCAGUCUCUGGCACAGAAGCUCCAGCAGAAGGUCUCCUCUGUGGAGUCGUUGCUCCGGGGUUCGGGACGCAGUGAAGGGCUCUUCCGCUCUGGCUCGCGGGACAGUCUGAUCAGAAGCUCCUCCAGAGAGUCUCUCACUCAGACCGGAGAGAAUGAAGCGCCGGCGUACGACCCUCCGUCAGACAUCGAGAGUGAGGCGGAGGAUUCGCCCGGCAGCGUGGAGAGUCUGUCCAGAGAGCAGCUGCUCCACCGCCUACACCGGGUGGAGAGAAGCCUCGGGAAUUACAGAGGGAAAUACUCAGAGCUGGUGACUGCCUACAGAACCGCACAGCGAGAUAAAGAGAAAACCCAGGCAAUCCUCAGCCAGAGUCAAGAUAAAGCCCUGAGAAGAAUAGGAGAGCUCAGAGAGGAGCUCCAGAUGGACCAGCAGGCCAAAAAACACCUGCAGGAGGAGUUUGAUGCUGCUCUGGAGGAGAAGGACCAGAUGAUCACUGUCCUCCACACGCAGGUGUCUCUCCUGAAGAAGCGCUUGCAGGCGUCUGGAGGUGUGCUUUCCUCUGAGCUCCAGGUUUCUCCAGCCACAGAUACGGUUGAUGCCAAUUCUGACGUUCAGAGCCCUUCAAAAGAUGACAACUCCACACUAAACACAGAGGGCAGUGUUGACUCGGGCAGCGCUGUGGAUGUGGAGAGUCUCCAGAAGCGGGUCACAAGGCAGGAGUCUCUCCUCCAGAGGUGUAAAGAGAUGAUUCGCAGCAGUAAAGAGCGCUCCGCUCAGCUGAGCAGUGAGAGCGAGGUCUUACAGCAGCAGCUGCAGGAGAGACUGCAGGAGCUGGAGAAGAUGAAGGAACUCCACACAACGGAGAAGACCAAGCUGAUCACACAGCUCGGAGACGCCAAAAACCUGAUCGAGCAGCUGGAGCAGGACAAGGGCAUGGUCAUCGCCGAAACCAAGCGUCAGAUGCAUGAGACUUUAGAGAUGAAGGAAGAAGAGAUCGCUCAGCUGCGCUCCAGACUCCAGCAAAGCAUCACGCAGAAAGAUGAGCUGCAGGAACAGAAGGAGAAGUCUGAGAAAGCAGCAUUUGAGGAACUGGAGCGAGCUCUCGGUGUGGCGCAGCGGGCGGAGGAGGCACGCCGUCAGCUGCAGCUCAGCAUGGAGGAGCAGGUGAAGCAGGUGGAGACAGCCAGCGAGGAGGAAAGGAGGAGUCUGCAGCAGGAACUAACACGGGUCAAACAGGAAGUGGUCACAAUUAUGAAGAAAUCAUCCGAGGACAGGAUAACAGAAAUGGAGCGGUUACACUCAGAGGCUAUAGCUCGUAAAGAACAAGAAAUGAGUGCCCAGAUCAAACUGGCAGUGGAGCAGUGUCGGGAGGAAUUGUUGCAGUCGGCACAGGAAAGAGAACAGCAGGCGUCGCUCGCUCUUGAGGAGGCCGAGCUGCAGAAAGCUGCGGUUCAGUCUGAGGGGGAAAACAAAGCCAAGGAACUACAGCUGGAGUUGGAGUCUGCUAGAACGAGAAUUCAAGAACUUGAGAGUUGUCUGGGUAGCCCAGAGAAGUUGGAUGAACUGGGUACGCAAAUAGAAGAGCAGAGAAAAAUACACGAGGCUGAAAUAGCUACUCUGGGAGAGACACACAAGCAAGAGCUGGAAAGUAAAGUGUCAGAGCAGAUAACAGCUCUCAGACAGGAGCAUGAUGUCGCUAUGGAAGAGCUCAUUCACAAACAUAAAGCAGAGAUUGAAUCCAUUCUGAAAGACAAGGAGGAGCAGUUCCAUUCUCAUGUAGAAGACAUGAACAAAAAGAUACUUGAUAAAUUGAGUGAUAAACAGACUGAGCUUGAGACUGUGUCUGCUGAACUCAGUGAGUUAUUGAAUAGUAAACAACAGUUAGAAGAUAGAUUGUCCUCUGUGGAGGCCACCAGUGAAACCUUAAGACAAGAGUUUGAGGAAAGGAUCAAGAAAGAGCAAGCAAAACAUCAGGCUGAGAUUGAGGCUGCUAAUAAAAAUGAACAGUCAUUUGCAGGAGUGGAGAAGAUGCUGAAAGAAGAGAUAAAUCAUCUGAAGAUUGCGCUGGAGGAGAAGGAAAAAGUAUUAGAGGAACAUGUGCUCAGGGAAAAGUCUUUGCUGGAAGAUGGAAGUGCGCAAUUGGAGGAACUUUGGCUCAGGGCACAGUUAAAUAAAGAGGCACUUGAGGAAUCAAGAUCACAGGUUAGCACACUUACAGAUGAACUCCAACAAGCCAGGGAUCAAGUAAAAAAUCUUGAGGAAACCCUUGAGGCAGUGCGUAAUGACUGUAAGGAGAAAGAAGUGUGUCUUGAAGAAAAGACAAAUGAACUUCAGGAACUAGUUCAGAAGAUUGAGCAUAUCAAGAAAGAUCUAUCUGAGAAAGAGAAUUUGCAUGCUGCAACUUGUAAAACAUUGCAAGAGGAGCAAAACCGGUUGAGGAAGCAGCUAGAUGACCAGAAGAGUUCUCAAGAGAAGAAACUUGAGAAUAUUAGAAAAGACAUGGAUUGCAAGCUGAAAUCCCAGGAAAACAAACUGGAGAAAUUCAAGCAGAAAGCCAAAGAAGCACAGGAUAAGAUGAAGAAGAAGCUUCAGGAUCAGGAAGAGAGUGCAAAAGUGGAGUUAUCAAAGAAGAUUCAAGAGUUGGAACUGAAAGACCAGCAGCUAAAGGAGAAGAUCCUUGAGAUGGCACAAACAAGUUCUGAGGGCCUCAGCACUGCCAUGUCUGAUUUGGAGGCCAAUCACAAGGAGCACUUAGACAAGCUUCAGGUGAACCAUAAACAAGAGCUAGAAGACCUUGUUCGUCAUUGGCAGGAGAAACUCAACCAGAAUGAAGAGGAGAUGCAAGAAAAGCAUAGUCAAACUUUGCAAGAUAAAGCCCAGGAGUUGGAGGAGAUCUCACGUUUGCUUUCAUCCAGCAAAGAAGAAAAUGAACAAAUCAUAAAAGAUAUCCAAAACCUCAGGGAGGAGCUUGCCAUGAGGGAAACCACUGUGCAGAAACUACAGACAGAGCUCAGGGAGGCAGCAAGCAAACUGGAAACCUUGUCUGAAGGGGAAGGUAUGCUUAAAAGACAAGUCGAAACCAUGGAGAAGAAUCUAAACCAGGCACUGAAUGAACGGAACCUUCUGCAGGAUGAACUGAGAAAGGUUGAGGAAACUAGUAAAGAGAAACUGCAGGCCAUAUCUGAAGAGUUAGUAAACACUCAGCAAAAAAUAAGCUUGCUUGAAACUUCCAAGUGUAAAGAGGGUGAACAUCUCCAGAGGACACUUGCAGAAAAAACUGCUGAGCUCCAAAAUAAAGAAAAAGAGUUCCAGGCACAAUUGUGUUCCCUCACAAUGGAGUUUAAGCAGUGUUGUCAGGAAGCCCAAGCUAAGAUAGAUGGUUUUUCUGUUGAGCUGUGUAAGAAAGUUGAUGAACGAGUUGGGGCGUUACAACUCCGGGUAAUAGAUCACCAAAAUAAGGUUGCAUAUCUAAGAAAUAUUAUCAAGACGAAGGACAACAGAAUCAGCACUUUAGAGAAAGAACUUCAGCACACUUUGGAUGUGAAUCAUAAUCUAAAGAGCUCUCUUGAUGAGAUUACUCUGCAGUUUGGGGAAAGUUCAGAGACUCUUAAAGCCUUACAAACUGAACGGGAAUCUCUGCAAACUGAUGCAGAGAGUCGCUUCCAGGUACUUUCUGAGAAAGACCUUCACAUUAAGCAGCUAUGUGAAGAAAAACAAAACGUAUCAGAAAAUCUCAAAGCAAAUAUUUUGCAAAUCAGCGAUCUAGAAUCUGCAAUAAAUGACUUGAAGACCCAGUUAGCAAGUAGCAUAACUGAGAAAGAGGAAGCCAUAUCUCUGCUGAAUCAGCAACACAGUAAGGACAAAGAGAGGGUGACGUCCCAAAUGGGGGAAACUGUAGAAAAGCUAGAAAAAGAGAAGACCUUGCUUCAAGAGCAGGUAGACUCACUCAGGAAUAAGUUCUCUGAGCUGAAAAAGAAGUUCAGUCAGAGUCACAGCACUGUUAAAUCUCUUCAAGAUAAACUUGCAGACAUGGAGAGGCAAAUUGCAGAGAAGGAUGGACAGCUUCAGACGCUCACUGCCAGCGUUGACAAUCACUCCAUUAGUAAGUCCGAGAUGGACCAGGCUCUUAGUGAGAAAGAUCAGAGAGUUCAUGCCUUGACCUCAGAGCUGGAAAGUUGCUCAAAGAAAGUUUGUGAUUUGGAGGAGCAGUUACAGUUAAGGGUAAAAGAACGGGAUCAGCUUGCAGCUGAUUUGCAGCAGCAUCAUAACAUAAGGGAGAGUGAAAAGACAGAGUUGAUGAAACAGGUGCAGGAAGCUCAGGACCAAAGCUCUCAAAACGGUGCCCUAAUGCAAAAAACUGAGGAAAGUCUUCAGUCUUUGAGGAAAGAUAUUGAAUCAGCCAAGCAGGAGCUGGAAUCCCAGAGGAAGGAUUUCGAGAGGGAGAAGGCUGAGAUUCUUAAAGAGAAAAAGGAGGCUGUAAAAGCUGCCCAGGUAAAGGCAUCCUCUGAGACUGGUGUUAAAGUGGCUGAGUUGAAGAAAAAGGCAGAGCAGAAGAUUGGCAUGAUUCGUAAACAAUUGACUUCACAAAUUGAGGAGAAGGAGCAGGUCAUCAAAGACCUGCAUGUGCAGUUGGAAACUAUCAAGCAAUCCCAGAUUGAAAAAGAAGAACAUAUAAAAUCACUCGAGAAAACGAUGCAAGAAACCACUGCGAAAUUAAAUGAGGACCACGCAAAGCAUCUACAAGAAUUGCAGGAGAAGGAGAAAGAUGAAAGACUGACCUCUUUGCAAAAUUUACAAGAAAUGUACGAGGAGAAGCUUGCUUGUCUUCAUAAAGACAUAUCUGCGAAGGAGGAGCACUCUGCUGCUGCUGCUAGAGAAACGUCUUCAAGACUUGUAGAUCUUGAGACCAAACUCUCAGAAUCUAAUGAGCAGAUCGCCAACUACCAAAAUGAGGUGAGUCGCCUUAAAGAAGAUCUGAUUGAACAGACAUCUAGAGUGCAAGAGCUUCAACAGACAUGCUCUGAUCUUCGAGAACAGAUUAAGCAGAAACAGAUUGAUGAAGUUGAGAGGGAACAGGUUUGUGAGGUGCAAAUAAACAGUAAUAGGUUAGGAAUGGAGCCUGCAAUGUUAGUAGCAAAGGAAAACAUGGACACUGUUGGGAACCAGGAUGACUGGUUGAGUCAAAAGAAUUUAUUGGUGAAAGAAUACGAAGAGAAGCUGCUAGAUUUACAGCAGAGGCUAGAAGAUAAAGAAAACGAGUUAAAAGCACAACAAAGUUCGCCUCAAAGAAACGGGGAGAGUGAUGGGGAGUGCCUAAUCAACAAUACAAACACCUCAGAGAAUGAUCUUCAGAGAAAGCUGGUGGAAGCCGAGAAUGAAAAGCAGAAGAUCCACAAAGAUUAUAGCAGACUGCAAAAAGAUCUCCGUUCUCUAAGGAAAGAGCAUGAGAAGGAGUUGGAGUUCCUGAAAAAAGAGAUGGCUGAGGAAAAUGAGAAGAAGCUCAAGCUUGAAAUGGAAGACAUGGAAAUGAAACACAACUCUGCUCUCAAGCAGUUAAUGAGGGAGUUUAACACCCAAAUGGCCCUGAAGGAAAAGGAACUGGAAGGUUCAGUAAAAGAAACCAUUGAGAAAGCUCAGUGUGUUGAAACGGAGCUUAUAGAAAGCCAUCGAGAUGAAGUCAGUCAGCUUCAGAAAAUAAUCUCUCAGAAGGAAGAAGACCUAAACAGAACGGUUCAACGCUACGAGCAGGUCCUUCAGAGUCGUGAGGUGGAGAUGGGGGACCGCGUGUGGGAGGUGCAGAAGGAGCUGGAGGAGCUGCAGCAGAGGAGUCUCAGCGGCCCACAGGGUCUCGAUGAGUUAAAGGUUCAUCUAGCAGAAAAGACGACCAUGUUAAGCGAGGCCAAGCUAAAGGAGCAGGAAUACCAUGACCGGAUUCAUGCUCUGGAGGACAAACUAAGGCGCGUCCACAAAAACGCAGUGGUUACUCACCUGGGAAGCACAUAUAAAGAUAUGUCACACAACAGCGCAGACCCCUUCUCUGAACCCACCGAGUUCGAGUACCUCAGGAAGGUCAUGUUUGAGUACAUGAUGGGAAGAGAGACCAAGACUAUGGCUAAAGUAAUCACAUCCAUGCUGAAGUUUCCUGCAGAUCAGGCGCAGAAGGUUCUGGAGCGUGAGGAUUCACGAGUCAUGCCUUGGCUCCGGUGAGGAGGACCAGAACUCUGCCUCAACCUGGAACACAGAACCACCCAUUCUCCUGCUGCUCUGAUAAAUGCUACUGACGUGUGUGUGUGUGUGUGUGUGUGUGUGUGUGUGUAUCUAUCUCUCUCUCUCUGUGUGAAGUGUGUGCGUACAUCUGUGAGUGUGUGUGAACUGGUUGUGUGUGUGUGUGUGUGUGUCUCUGUGUGUCCGUGUGUGUGUGUCUUUGAGAGUACGUGAACUGGUUGUGUGUCUCUACCUCUCUCUCUCUCUCUCUCUCUCUCUCUCUCUCUCUCUCUCUCUUUCCCUCUGUUUGUGCGUGUUUCUUUUUGUGUUUGUGUGUGUCUGAGUUUGUGUGAAGCAUGUGUGUGUGUGAAGUGCAUGUGUGUAUAAACUGUUUUUGUACGUGUGAACUGUUUGGGGGUGUGUGUGAGUGCGUGCGUGUGUGUGAGUGUACAUGAACUGAUUGUGUGUGUGUGUGUGUGUGUGUGUCUGUGUGUUUCUCUGUUUGUGUGUAUGAGAA